UUUCCGGAAGGAGGGAGGGAGGGAGAGGCGGAGAUGAGGAAGCGCGCGCCGUAGCCUGAGCAGGUGCGCACGCGCCGGCCGGGCCGACCGUUCUUGACAGGCCCGGACGGUGUCCGCGAAGGCUCACUCGGCUCCUUCCUUCACUCCCUCUUUCCUGAGGCCUAAGGCAGUGAAGCUUGGGAAAAGAGGGCCUUAAAAGAAAGGAAGGAAGGAGGAAAAGACAGAGAAAUUGAGGCAAGGCCGGCGGCAAUGUCCGUAAGGGACGGGCAGGGGCGCGCGGUGGCGUUGCUGAGGGCGACCACGACGACGACGAGCGCUGCCUCGGAGGCGCGGGGCCUACGCCGAGUGCCUUCGCCGGCGGCGCCUCUCCUCCCACUUCGCCGCUGGGCUUGGCUGCUGCGGGGCUGGGCCCGAGACUGAGCCGCCCUCGGCUGGGCCCCCCUGGAGCCCCCACCCCCGCUGCCUGAGCAUGGGAAUCCUCUUCACCCGCAUAUGGAGGCUGUUUAACCACCAGGAGCACAAAGUGAUCAUUGUUGGCCUUGAUAAUGCAGGAAAAACAACCAUUCUUUAUCAAUUUUCUAUGAAUGAAGUAGUUCAUACCUCCCCAACUAUAGGAAGCAACGUAGAGGAAAUUGUAGUAAAUAACACACGUUUCCUUAUGUGGGAUAUUGGAGGCCAGGAAUCGCUUCGAUCUUCAUGGAAUACAUAUUAUACAAACACAGAAUUUGUGAUAGUUGUUGUGGAUAGCACAGACAGAGAGAGAAUUUCUGUAACUAAAGAAGAACUUUAUAAAAUGUUAGCACAUGAGGACUUGAAGAAAGCAGGUUUGCUCAUUUUUGCUAACAAGCAGGAUGUUAAAGACUGCAUGACUGUAGCUGAAAUUUCUCAAUUUCUGAAGCUAACUUCAGUUAAAGAUCACCAGUGGCACAUCCAAGCAUGCUGUGCUCUUACUGGAGAAGGAUUGUGCCAAGGACUAGAAUGGAUGAUGUCAAGACUUAAGAUCAGAUGAUUCUCACUCUGCACAGACAUUGCACAAAAGUGUUGGAUGUUUCCUCAUCUUGACAGCUGUGAAUCAAUGGCCUAUGUGUAUUUAUAAAACCCAAACUGAAGUUUACUUCUUUUACUACUUUUAACACACUAAAGCCUCCUUUGGAAAGAAAAUGGUUAGAAGUUUGGACUUGACUUCCCAGCACUUCCUCUGAGGUGGAGUUUACAUACUUCGGCUGACCUUAAUUUUAAAGUGGAAUUAUUUGAGACUAUUUCAUAAAUAAUGAGAGAUGAGAAAGAAAGGGGAGGGAUUUUAACUUUUGCAUUUUAUUAUUCCAAUCUAACUCCAGUUGGAAAUGUUGACUUUAUUAUUUCAGAAAAUUAGAAAAGAAAAAUCAGUGGCACAGGUAUUGACUUUCCAGUAUUGAAACUUUGACGUGAUUCAGAAAUGCAAAAAUGUUCCUGUAUGUGUACUGUACAUUUUGUAUAUUUAUACCUCAUGCUAACAUUAAUUAACAUCUGUACACAGAGAGAGUAAAUAUCACUGACUUUGCCAGUACUCUAGAGAUCCACAAACAGGGAUACUACAGAAUGUGGGUUCCUCUCCUGUUUUGCUCCUUUUGCUUUACUCCUGGUGAAUGUGCUUCGUAUUGUCUGUCCACUAAUAGAACAUCAUUUCCCUUGUGGCCCAACAUUUGUCCCCAAUUUGUUUAUGUUUUGUGCAACUUGGCAGCAAACUGUUCGGAAAUGUUAAGAAACAGUAAUUCUACAGAAUCUGGCUGAGAUAUAUUGUGCCUAUUUUUCUCUAGUUUUCUAGACUAUUCUCAUGCCAACAGUGAUGGAAAAAUUGUUGAAGAUUAUUUCUGUUUUUUGUCUGCAACUAAAAAGUAACUACAAAAAAGACAUAAGAGAGGAUGGUGUUAUGAUAGGUUUUACAUGGCAUAAAGUUGAAAUAUAGCUGUACCGAACCAGAAAAUAAAACAUCAAGAGUAUAUGAGUUAUGAGGGGACAUAUUAAAAGUUAACAUUUUAAUUGUGUCAGUUGAGACAGAAACAUAUAAAACAUGGCAAGCAAACAAAAAAACAAAAAUCCCUUUCCCUGUGUUUAUAUCUAGACCUUUCCAUUUUAACAGUAUGCUAAAAGGUUACUUUAUAAAGUUCAGAAAUCCUCCACUCAUAUCCUACAGAAGCAGACAAAUUAGAAACUAAGGAUUCAUAUUCAUGAUCAAUUAAAACUAUCCGUAUUUUGGGAUCUAGACCAAACUAGUUUGAUUCAGCUCCCACUUAAAUCAAUGUGGUUUUGAAUUGUGAAACAAAUCCAUUUCUUUUCAGACCACAAGAUUUAAACAACUCCAUUAGUAACAGAUCAUUGUAGCAAACUGCUUUUAAAACUUUCUUUGUUGUGUCCCAAAAACAGUAAAGUCUGAACUCACUUGAUACUGUUUAUGCAUUUGUUCUCUGAGUUGUUCCAAGGAUGCUUCUAUCCACAUCAACUGCGAGUGAAAGUCUCAAAAUGCCCAAAUAUAUGAAUCAUUUUAAUUAUCUUUGUCUAGCAGAAGUGGGCAAUAAUUUGAAAAGUUGCUUAAGUUAUAAGGGUAUGAUUAUUUGGAAAACAAUAGUAUUAGCAUCUCUGAACACUGCCUAUCGUUCAUCUUUUUUGAUAUUUAGAAGCAAGACUAUAAUUUGCACCCAAUAAACUGGAAAAACUAACUUGGUUUAACUAAGAUCAUUAAUUAAAGCUUGCACUUAAAUUAAAAAACACAUGGUGGUAAUUGAAUCAAAAUGCUUGAAAUUAGAAUGUAUUCGACAGUUGUUAACUCUUGGAAUCUGAUGGAGUGGUAUCACCAUAGAGUGACUAGUGUCUACUUCAUUCCCUAUUUUUAAGAAGUAACUUAUUAAAUAUGUGCACAGUGUCAGUGGUACCAAUAAACUGGUGGAUCAGUGUCUGAUAAAAUAAAUUUAUAGGCAGGAAUACAAAGAAAUAGUUCAAUGUGAAGGGCAUAACUAGCCCAAACAAAAUUUGUAUUUACGUAUCUGUGAACAAUUUACCUCUUUCCCAAUGUAAUAUCUCAACUGUUUUUGAAACUCCCCUUAAUCUCAUCAGUCUGCCUUGGUUUGAAGAUGAUUGCUGGUGGGAGGGGAAAAACCAAACCUAAAAUUCCUUAGACCUGACUAUGUGGUUGUGUGGAUCCUGGUUAAGAUCUUUCUUUUACAUCUGUGAGUGUAAUCAAAUAAAUGCUUUCUUGAACAUAUAUUGAAAAAUCUGUGGUUUUUGACAGAACAAAAUAAAAAUAUGUAAGAUGUAACGAAUGUGCAUCUACUUUUGCAAUGUAUCAGUAUUCCAACCUUACUCAAUGCUUUCACAAAUUCAAUGUCUAUAUGAAUGCAAUGGCAGGAAUCCUGAGCAUGAUUUGCUCUGUAUUAAUACCUCUUUUAAAAAAUCAACCGAUUUUCAUAUUACUAAGAUAAGCAUAUGAUCCUCCUGAAAAUUUUUUUAUUACAACUCCCAUCACACAUAGCUAGAUGAACAUUGAGGGCUAUUGUUGCCAACCGUGUCAUUCUUGCACCUCUUUCCAGUUUGUGGACAAACAUGUUAGAGUCAAUGUGAUGAUGAAAGGAAUGAGAGCAAUAUAAGCCAUCGAAGAGAAGGUUCAUUAUCUAUUUCAGGAGCUUCCGAGAAACAAAACAAAAAAAAUUAAAAAUACAAAGGCAAUGGCUAUAGAUUCCUUGACUGACUCAACACUGACAACAGGAAAGAUAUUUUAUACACAUUUAUGUACUUCCAAUUAUAAUGAGGCAAGAUUGUAGUUCUUGCAUAUCAGGGUCCCUUGUUGGAUUUAGAGGGAAACUUAACAAGAUCCGUUCUUUACACCUAAUUUGUGGUAAGGUUACUGAUCAACUAUUUGGAGUUGUUAUGUGUAUCUUUUUGUCCAAAGCAGCCUUUGUGCAGAAAAACUAUGUUACGUGCAUUCAUUUUAAAUGGCCUUGUUACUGCCCUUCCUCUGAACUCUAGCUGGAGGGCUUUAGGUGUCGCUCUAGCUCUGUGGGCAAAGCUUUCUUGAUAAAGAUAGUAUCUAUAGAACAAAUAUGAAUGGAUGAAGAACAGCUGAUCUGCACACUCAGAUGCAAGACAAAAUGUGCUGCUAUCUCUGUUGGUUGUGUGUAAUACGAUGAAGUGUAAGCGAUAAAUACUUCUUUGUGCUUUGUUCUGUUGAGUGAAAGGGUAGUGUGCUCCACUUUUCUGUUGGUCAUGUCAUCGAGGAGAACCAUUGGUAUUAAUGUAUAGUUCUAAGACAUCUUUGGAACGUAUCUUGGUUCAUGUCAAUCUCCAGAAUGAUAGGGCCCUAAAACUAGUUUGGAGAAUAUAGGGGAAACUGAAAGUGAGCAAUUUUUAAAUGUUGGCUGGUAGGGGAAAUGACUUCAGUGUUAAGUUUUUUUUACUUGCCCUGUCUGUUCUCUUGCUUCUGUGCCUAUGUAAUGCUUACUCAGUCUGUAUAUUUGUAAAUAAACAGAUUAUUACAAAGAGA